AGGGUUAUACAAGAGAAAAAAGAGAUCAUAAAAACAAGGAAAUAUUUUACAUUACCACCUAAAAAUGUAACCAUUUUUAAGUAACCACCCAUUAAAUUUUUUAUUUUAAAUUACCACCCCUUAAAUUAAAUAAAUGCUUAGAUUACCACCCAUUUCAAAAAUUCGGUGGAUUUUUCGUAUGUGGGCCCCACCUAACACUUAUUUUGACCCUUUUGACUGAUUUUUUCCCCACAAUUUCUCUCUUUAAAACACUCUCCUAACUCUAAUUCACAUUUUUUCUCUUUGAAAUUUGGUUGAAUUUGGGGAUGGAAAUGUGAAUUAAAGUAUAGAGAGCGUUUUUAAGGAGAAAAAUCGGGGAAAAAAUAAGUCAAAAUGGUUUAAAUAAGUGUUAGGUGGGGCCUACAAACGGAAAAUCCACCGGAUUUUUGAAAUGGGUGGUAAUCUGAGCAUUUAUUUAAUUUAAGGGGUGGUAAUUUAGAAUAAAAAAUUAAACGGGUGGUUAGUUCGAAAAUGGUUACAUUUUUGGGUGGUAAUUUAAAAAUUAACCUAAAAACAAUGGCCUCUUCAAAAAUUGUCCCACUUUUUCUAGUAUUGUCAUCCUUAAUAAUAGGAAUCUCAAAGGGUCAAAGUAGUGUACCAGUUGUGCCUGGACUUUCAUACACAUUUUACUCUUCUAAAUGUCCUAGUUUGGAUUCCAUCAUUAGAAAUCAUCUUUCACAAGUUCUUCAAAGUGAUAUAACCCAAGCCGCCGGCUUGCUCCGCCUUCAUUUUCAUGAUUGCUUUGUUCAGGGAUGUGAUGGUUCCGUAUUGCUAGAUGGAUCAGCCAGUGGUCCAAGUGAGAAGGAUGCUCCUCCAAACUUGACGCUUAGGUCUCAAGCAUUUAAAAUUAUAAAUGAUCUUCGUGCGCUUGUGCAUCAGCAGUGUGGACGAGUUGUGUCUUGUGCUGAUAUAACUGCCCUUGCAGCUCGUGAUUCUGUUUUUCUGGCAGGUGGACCAUUCUAUGGGAUACCCUUAGGAAGAAGGGACGGACUAAACUUUGCUACAAGAAAUGAAACGCUAGCCAACCUACCACCUCCCUUUUUCAACACUACACAACUCCUCAGCUCCUUUGCUACCAAAAACCUAAAUGCCACGGACCUCGUCGCCUUAUCCGGUAGCCACACCAUCGGUAUCAGCCAUUGCACCUCUUUCACUAAUAGACUCUACCCUACUCAAGACCCUACCAUGGCCCAAACCUUUGCUAACAACCUUAAACUCACGUGUCCAACUUCUAACACUGAUAACAUUACAAAUUUGGACAUUCAUACUCCUAACAUUUUCGACAACAAGUAUUAUGUUAAUCUUAUGAACCGCCAAGGCUUGUUCACUUCCGAUCAAGAUUUGUUUACUGAUUCAAGGACUAAGGGAAUAGUCACAAGUUUUGCGGUUAACCAAACCUUGUUCUUUCAAAAGUUCAUAGACGCGAUGGUUAAAAUGAGCCAACUUAAUGUUUUAAAGGGGUCACAAGGGGAAAUUCGCUCCAAUUGCUCCGCAAGAAAUGCUAAUAGUAACGUGGAUCUCAAGUCUAUGGUGGAUGUGGAUCAAGAACAAGGAAGAUUGUCACAAUAUUAAGUAACAUUUGUACUUCAAGUGGAGUAUUUGGAGUUUUACUAUAUUUAUUUAUGUAUGUUUGCCCAAUCUCUUACGUGUAAGGUGUGACGAUGCCUAGAUGUGUGUCUUUGGAAUGUUUUCUAUAUAUAAAAUGCAUGAAUAAAUGAGAUUUAAUCUCAAUGAAUGAAUUCCAUGCUCAUAUUGCUCAAGUAGUGUAUUUAAAAUAUGUUUCUCGUAUCAUAGGGUAACUUGUUAAGUUU